AUGUACUACGACACUUUUUUUUUUUUAACGAAGAAAAAACGUAAAAUCAACUCCUCUGGUGGAGAGGGUCAGUGGUGCUGCAAAUAUUCAAAAAUGCAAGCGACGAAGCAAUUUUCUGCAGGAUUUACAUGCCAUGGUAAUCCCGCUUUUUCCCUGUUUUCUUCUAUAUCGAGUAUUCUGUGUGCACGCGUAGCAAGUUACUUGGAUUAUAUACGUGAUACACACCAUCAGGCUCGUGGCACAAUUCAUGUAACACAUGUGUUUUUGGCCAGCAAACCAUUAGCCCUCAUCAGCGGAGGCUUCACAAUUGUUGUGGAAGGGGAGCAGCACCUGGGGUUCUUCUUACUUCAAGAUCGUUUUCGGUUUACCGCACUGAUCUUGGUUUUUGCGUGGUAUGAGUACCCCGUUGUGGCUCAACUUUUUUUUUUGUUAUGGGAAGCACCGGUUAUGCGCCUGCAGAUCUGGGUAGCUUGUGGGUCACGCUUCUCUCCAGAGAUUAAUGGCGAUACUACGUUUUACCCCUUUCGUUUGUUUGUGUUCUUGCUGUUAUCUGUGUUAUUAUCGAUGCUGAUAUGA